GAGGGGGCAGGGGGUUAUAGCUGGGACGCUGAGCAGUGCAACUAAAGCCUGAGUAACAGGACCUGCAGAUUUCAUGAGCUCAGGGCAAAAAACUGAAAACUGGUUGGUGAGGGGAAUCGAGUGAUGACGAAGAGCAGGAAAAUGUGAUGGUGUGUGAGUUCAGACGGUGCCGGAAACUUUCAUCAGACGAUUUGUGAAACUGAGGAGGAAGGGAGGACGUCCAUAAAAGAUAACCACACCAACUCACUAUCACUCUUCACUCAAUCGUCUGCCACUACCGGAGGUAAAAGAAAAUGGACCUGCCCCUGAAGCUUGAAGUGCUCCUUCUUCUUUGCUCUUUCCACACUGUUGUUUGGGCGUGUCCAGAUGGAUGCUUGUGUCAAGGAACCCAAAUCUUCUGCAGCGGUCUCUCAGGCUUCCCCACGAGUGUGCCCUCAGCAACCACAGCCACCUACCUCUCCAAUUGCAGUAUCUACUCCCUGAAACCAGAGGACCUGACUGAUUUUUCUGAUGCACUUGAGAUCUUUUUUAUGAAAGACACAGUUUUAAGGGAAGUACGUACUGGCACCUUUGAUUUAUCUCCGAAUGUGGGUGUCUUAGGGUUUACUACAACUGAAUUACAAGAUCUCCCAGAAGCCUUGUUCCAAAAUCUUCUGAAACUCAAGACUCUGAAUCUGAAGAGCAACAAUCUCCUGUUACUCCGCCCUAACUGGUUUUCCACGUUGGCAAAGCUACAACACCUUGACCUCAGCAAAAACCUUUUCACUUCUUUACCUGAAGAAACUUUUCACCCUCUUGCUGAGCUGCAGAUCCUUCUUUUUUCUGGAAACAAUAUCAGUCAUCUACCUAGAGAGACAUUCAAGGGUCUUUCAAAGCUGAAAACCUUACGGCUUAACAAAAACUCUCUACAGGAAAUACCCCUUGGAAGUUUGGAUGACCUUGGAGAACUGGAGGAACUAUCCCUACAUGACAAUCUAAUCACUCAUCUCCACCAGGAUCUGUUCUCCAAGACUUUGAAACUCCAGAAGCUGUACCUCUCCAACAACAGGCUCAGAUCUCUUCCACAAGGGAUCUUCUUAAACCUGCCCAUUCUUUCCCAGAUCUCCUUGUAUGAAAACCAGCUGGAGAGUCUGGGGCCAGGAGUGUUUGGGCCCAUGGCCCUGCAGGAGUUGUGGCUGUAUGACAACAAACUGAGUCGUGUGGAGGAUGAAACAUUCAGAAACCUGACACAGUUGCGUCUCCUGGUCCUCAGUCGCAACCAGAUCAGCUCUGUAUCCACCAGGGCCUUCGGAGGGUUGGAUCAGCUUGGAGAGGUAUCACUUCACACUAAUCUGCUCACAACACUGCAAGCUGGGACUUUCCAAGAUCUGCCGAGUCUGGUCAACAUUUCUUUGGAGCAUAACCUCAUCAGCACCCUACCUUUGGGAUUUCUCCAGGGCGUGAGCAACCUGGGACAGAUAGACCUGCAAAAUAACUCCCUUCCCAAUCUGCCACAAGAGAGUCUAGAUGCGCUCAGUUCAGCAAAGGAGGUUCUCUUGCAGCAGAACCCCUGGAGGUGUGACAGGGAUAUUCUACCACUUAGAAACUGGCUGAAAGAGCACCCAUCCAAGGCCAACCAAACGCUUGUGGUGUGUGAAGCACCUUUAAAUCUGAAUGGCGAGGUAAUUGCUCUGCUGGAGGAUAAGAACUUCCUGUCCUUCGGCUCUACAGAGGCCCCUGUGUUGACCUCCACGGAGAAGAGGAGGAAACCACAGACUCCACCAGCGAGACUAAGCACUUCCUCACCUGUAGUCAAGACCACCGCUGCCUCAGAGAGUGGCAGUGAGGAGGUCACCAGUGGUGGGCAAGGGGAGAAGGAUAGUGUUUCUAAUGAUAACUCAAUCAUCCUCAUCGUCAUCGCAGUAGUAGCCACUGUCAUCCUCAGCACUGUCAUCAUCGGCUUUGUGUGCUGGAGGAAGAACAAGAGAGGCAGGGGAAAUAUUGGCCGCAGAAACAAGAACUCUGUGCUGUAGAUGAGACCACCCACUUUUAGCAACCCAAGAACUAUUAAAGCCAAGGGAAAAUGCUAACUGGUUAUUGUGGCUAAGUUGGAAAAUGAGGAGCCCAGCUUCAAAAGCAACAGAAUUAACCACUUCGUUUAAAUUCAGAUGUACCAGCUAAAACAAACAAGUACACUUUUGAAUUAAUCAGCUUUCAAUUUAAAUGAUUUUAUUUGUAAUGAAUUUACCAGCCAGUUUCCCCUGAUGUGUGCUGUAAAAAGACAACUGAUAUAUAGUAUUGACUAAUGGUGAAAACACCACAUUGCCAUCUUGUGGGCAACAUGGACAUUUCGGGGAAUUUAAACUCAGAUGCUCUGAAACAGUGUAUUUCUUAUUGCAGACUUCAUGCUGCAUUCAGUACUUUGUGAAAUCAAUUCCUAUAGUUGCAGUUUGACAAUUACUCUUUGUGCUAACAAUACUUUUAGGAGACAGGUUUACUUUUUGCAAAACGGAAAUCGUUAAAAAAUAUUUUGACUCGACGGUAACUCAACUCAUACUAUGGUUUCACACUUAAAAUGCAAAAUGUUACUAUACGUUGAAUAAAUGCACUACUUUUAGUGGGAACAAUCUUA